UCAUUUGUCUAUGAAACGUGCCUAUGGGCAGUUGGCAGCGUAGCAAUACCUACCUAGGUAUCUACCAGGUCUACGAUAGUAGGUAUUGAUCCUACCGAUACUAGAGACUAGAGCCCUGGACCCUGCGUUGGUCAUACCCACAUCUGCCACACGUAGCCAUAUUCUGGGGAUAGCUACCGGUUGGACCUAAGUUCCUACUUACGCCUCAUGCUGACGGCAUAUCCUGAUACAGACCGUUCAGCUGAGCUUGCCUAUGUUUAAACCGAUGCAUCGAUUCUGUUACUAGGCAGCUAGACAAUCCUCAAAUUCAGAUCGUCGCUGUACAGCCUCGUUCUAAGUAAAGAUAUAUUGGUUUAGAUUUGGUAAUGGGGUAGAAUCAACGGGUGCGUCUAUAGUAGACGCGAUGGUUUAAAAGGAGACCUUCGUCGCCUUGGGAGUCAACUUCUUCAUCCAAACAAUUCAAAGCAACAGCAACAGCAACAGCAACAGCAACAACGCACAACUCCAUUCAAUCUUCGCUACAAAACUCUACAACUAUUCAACUUUUGAAUACUCCUCCAAUUAUCGAAAUGCUCUUCUCCAAGAUCUUCCUCUCUAUCGCCCUCGCCGGUGCCUCCGUCUCCGCGCUGCCUGUCGAAGAGAACGGCGUUGCUGUCGAGCUCGAGGCCCGCGCCACCGAGGUCACCUGCAACCCUAAGAACAACCAGUCUGGGGCAAAGUUCAAGGUUGACAUGAGCUAUGCUACCGAACAGGCCAAGAAGGCUGCCUUCACCACGGGCAAGAGCGGCGACCCUCACAACUACAGAAACGGUGACAACCUCCAGUGGGGUGUUAAGGGCUGCAACGUCAAGAACGCCAAGCUGUGGGAGUACCCCAUCUACUGGAACGACAAGAAGGUCAACGGAAAGAUGCCUGAGUGGCAGAAGGAUGCCCAAUCCAACGGUCAGGCCAAGACACCCCUCCGCGUUGUCUACAUCGUAGACAACGGUACCCACGACAAGAGGCCCAAGGUCUGCGGUGUCAUGACACACUCUACGGUCGACAAGGAGUUCCAGGGCAAGGACUUCUUCCAGAAGUGCACUUAAAUGGGACCUUCCAUUUAGCGCCGUCAUCACUUGGUGACGAUAGGAUAUUAGACAUUGGAAACCUUCAUUGGUAUAAAACGACCUUACAUCUUGCUAGGGUCGCGUAUAUAGCUUCUUCGCCUUCGCUUUUCAUGUUAUUUACCUAGUUAGAUCACUUGGAGCUACCACUUAGGUGGCACACCGAAUUUUGAACAAUUAUCACCCCGAAUUGACCUUAGCAUUAUCUCCUGUUGUGAAAGGCCUCGAUAUGUGCUAGUCAAGAUGAUAGAAAUUAGAUUGUCAUAGC